AUGGCAACCAUCUUGCUUCUUCUUCUCUUCUCAGCAAGUUUCACUGUAGAUGCUCAACAAGCCGGGCAAUCCGUUAUCAAGCCAGGCUCUUUGUUAACACCUACAUGCACCAACUCUUCUUGGCUAUCAGGUUCCGGUCUAUAUGCCUUUGGAUUCUACAAGCAAGGCAACGGCUAUGCUGUCGGGAUUUUUAUUGUCGGGAUUCCACAAAAAACUGUGGUCUGGACAGCCAACCGAGACAAUCCUCCACUUCCGGGUGAUGUUAAAUUGAACUUCACAAGUGACGGACGGCUGGUUCUGCAAUCUGCACAAGCUGGCCCGGAGAUCGUGAUCGUCAGCAGUACCGAAGGUGCAGCAGCGGCAUCGAUGCUGGAUACGGGCAACUUUGUUCUCUAUAACUCUGAUAACGGGACAAUAUGGCAGAGUUUUGACGACCCAACUGACACCUUCUUACCAGGUCAGAAGCUCACGACUGAUGAAGUGCUGUUUUCCAAUUGUUCGGACACUGACCACUCAACAGGCAUUUUUCGUCUCAUAAUGCAAGAAGAUGGAUGGCUGGCGAUGUACCCAGUUGGAUCCAAAUUCACACUUGAAUAUGGUUAUUGGGGACUUGGUGUUUCUGGAGAAGGAACUGAUGUUACACUGAAUUUUGAUGAUGAUGGUCGCCUCUACUUGCUCAAUGGCAUCGGCAUAUCAAUAGUGAACAUUACAACGGGAGAUCCAACAAAAGGUGUAAUCUACCGUUUGAGAAUUGACCCAGACGGGAUCUUGCGGCAUUACUCGUACAAUCUAGAUCAGAAUGGUGAUUGGAAAGUCACAUGGUCAAGUCCGGGCGAUAUGUGUGCACCUAAUGGUCUCUGUGGCAUCAAUGCAUUUUGUUUUCUAAACGAUCGAAAAGCUGCUUGCAAAUGUCUUCCUGGAUUCCAACGUGUUAACGAAGACAGUUGGACUUCAGGAUGUGAAAGGAAUUUUGAUUCUAAAAGUUGCAAAAGCAAUUAA